CCAUUCCCUCUCUUUUUUCCUCCUUUUCUCCUCCUUCACCCACCAAAUUCUAUUUUCUACAUACAACUUUUUGUGUGUAUCGCACCAUAUUCACUCUCUCUAUUUUUACAUUCACAAAAGCCACGACAACAGCGAUAUCUCCACCAGAUCUAUGAAUCCCUCGUUUCUUCAUCAAAAUCACCUCAAGUUUUGAUCUUUCAGAUCUUAAACACACAAUUCAUCAUGUAAUUUCACGUUUCUCAACUAAUUAGCCCUGUACAUUCAUAUACAUACACAGAGAUACAUUGUCUUGUAUGUAAUCGAGGUUGAGCUAGGGUUUGUACAUACCGAAAUGGCGCAGGAGUGGGGAAGCAGUGUAGGAAAUGGAUUCGAUGAUUAUCGAUCAUCUGAAUCGAAGUCGAAUAAGCUUUAUUCGGUUUCGUCGUUGCCUGUUUCGUUUAAUCCGUCUCCUGGUGGUGUCUGUGGUGAUAAUUAUAUUGAGCAUACCGUUUCGAGAUUCGAUACAUUAGCUGGAGUUGCAAUUAAAUACGGAGUUGAGGUUUCAGACGUGAAGAAGCUAAAUGGUUUGGUUUCGGAUGUUCAAAUGUUUGCUCUCAGGACGCUUUACAUACCACUUCCAGGAAGGCAUCCUCCUUCUCCCGCCAUAACAGAUGGUUCUGAUGAUGCUCCGAGAUCAAGAAGCUCGGUACAUACUCCCCCCCUACGACGACAUUCUGAUUUAUUUGAUACCUUGCAAUCACUGAAGUUGCAAGCUCCUGACCGGAAAGUUUCCCCAGCCAUGCACAAUUUACGAGGCUAUUAUAACCUUACGUCAUUCGAAGAAAAAACUGAUUCAGAAGGAUGCCAAAUGGCUUCCUAUCAGAAUGGAGGAUCUUUAUACUUGGAAGAUAGACCUUCUGGUAAACCCUCAACUUGUAUAAAUUCGCCUUUAAGUGUUCAUAGAAAGUGUAAAAGCAUAGCUAGUGAUUUUAAGUUGGAAAAUGGAGUGCCGCCCGAUGAUGCAUCAGUUCCAACAUUUGAUAAAUGGUACGGUAAUCCAGCCAGGCGGCGUCUGAAAUCCGUAGCUGACUUUAGUAGUUACCUUGCCCCUGAGACGUUGCUGAAGGAGGAUGCUAGCUGCAAUGGGUUUUCAGUUGUUGCUGGAAAAAGUUUAUCACUACGAGCGGCAGCGAACCGAGCCGUAUCUGGUGCCAAUGGUGAAACACUAGGGCAGAGUUCUGUAUCUGCUGCUGCAGGUGAUUCUUUAGUUCAGAAAUCGGGUGGAGUAAAGAAAUCAUAUAGCACACCGAAUUUCCAAGAAGACUCGGGGAAUAGCUCCUCCAUCUGGCCAACGGUGAAUUGGGGGUUAAAGCCAGAUUUCCAGGCCCUUUCUGCCAUACCAAGGUGUGACGGGUUCCCAAAAUCAUUAACCAGCAAAAAACACAAAACUGCAGUUGAUUAGUACGAUUCCUCAUUACUUAUUCAAUUUUGCUAUAUAAUUCAUUGGACUGUGCAAUGCCGAGGCAUAUGGAAAUACAAGUCGCAAGUGAGGCUGCUAACUUAUAUAAUUGUUCAAGGUCCCCCUUUUUUACUGGAGUUGAAACCUGAACCAUACCUGGAACAUGAGGCUUCAUACAGAAUGUAUAGUAAGUACUAGUCAUACCGUACACGAGAACAUUAAGGAAAGGAUGAUUUUUUUACCCGCCCAUCCAAUUAAUUUAUUCGUUCUUCUAUUAGUUCAAUAUUUACAUUCAGGAUCUUUUAGUGUUGCUACUGAAUUGGUUUAGCAAGUGUUCACAGAUUUGAAAAGAUUAUCAUGUACCGCAGUCCUGAAACUUUGUUAUUAAAUUGAUACA